AUGCACUCAUCAGAGGGUCUCCUGCGAAUGCGCUCUGAUAAACCCGCGUACACCGCGGCUUCAUUGGCAGCGUCCUACAAAUUGGAUGAGGGUUAUUCUGACGACACAAAAAGUCAGCUAGAAGGCGAAGACGGUGUCGCUCAAAAUGUAUCCAUGCUUUUACCAGACUGGAUCCUUGCCUAUAGUGAUUCAGAACGAGCCGAGCUUGCCCAGUCCAUACUCACCAGCUUACCAACAAGCUUGAUCGCCUCAGUCGUAGAUCGACUGACGCCGCGGCUUCACAUGGAUCCCGUACUCAGACUCCCACCCGAAAUCACCGCGGAAAUCUUCUCAUAUCUCGACCCAGCUACACUACAUACUGCAUCGUUAGCCUCGCGUGCUUGGAGAAACCGUAUCGCCGAUCCACGCCUAUGGAAAGAUAUGUACAUCAGAGAAGGAUGGCGAGUGGAUAUCAACGCUGUCACAAAAUAUGAACAACUACAUACGGAGCGAUUCAUGUCCCAAACUCGUAAAUCUCGUUCGAGACACGCGGACUCCGACUCACCCGAACCUCAGCUCAAGAGGCGCAUCACUGAGGCGAGCCUACAGCCGCGAGACCCUUCCGAUCAUAAUGCGCAGUCUAACCCCCCAUGGAAUGAACAGCAUCAGGUGGUAGAAGCAGAUGUGCCAGUUUCUCCAUAUGAUGCCGAUAACGAUCGAGAAAUGCGAGAUGUGAACGCUGCAGGCCUUUCAUUCUCAUCGGCCGACAGUCAGUAUGAACCUACAACAUCAGCAAGGCAAUCGCCCUGCGUGAUCCGGUUACCAAAUGGUACUGCCAAGAUCAAUUGGCCCUAUCUUUACAAGCAACGAAGACGCUUGGAAGACAACUGGCUCAAAGGCCGCUUCACCACCUUUACACUUCCCCAUCCAGCCUAUUCGGAUGAAGCGCAUCAACAAUGUGUCUACGCCAUUCAAUUUGUGGGUAAGUGGAUGGUUAGCGGCAGCCGUGACACAACUAUUCGCGUCUGGGAUUUAAGUCGAAUGCGGUUAUGCCUUCCACCGCUUCGAGGCCACCAAACAUCAGUACUGUGCCUUCAAUUUGAUCCCAGCCCAGAGGAAGACGUGAUCAUGUCUGGAGGAAGUGACAACAAUGUCAUUAUCUGGAAGUUUUCCACAGGUCAAAAACUCCUCGAGUUGACUAAUGCGCAUCAGGACUCUGUUUUGAACCUGAAAUUUGACAAACGCUAUCUCGUGACAUGUUCCAAAGACAAGCUUAUCAAAGUCUGGAAUCGUCAAGCACUCACUCAUCUGGACAAAGAUUACCCUUCUGUUAUCAGGGGAGCAGUUAACAAGUACCCUGCUUAUAUCAUCGACACAACCCAGUAUUCUCCUUCUUGGCUAGAGACAAAUCUCGCGAACGGCCAAAUCAAAAGACUUGAACCAUACAGUCUGCUAAUGACUCUUGAAGGGCAUGAUGCCGCUGUGAACGCAAUACAAAUCAACGACGACGAGAUAGUUUCAGCCGCAGGAGACCGGUUGAUCAAAGUAUGGAGCAUCCACAACGGAUCAUGCUUGAAGACUAUAUUGGGUCAUAAAAAGGGCAUCGCAUGCGUUCAAUUUGAUAAUCGACGCAUCAUCAGCGGUAGCAACGAUGACACGAUUCGCAUCUACGAUCACGCAUCGGGAGCGGAGGUAGCUACUCUCGAAGGACAUAGCAAUCUGGUACGGGCUGUUCAAGCCGGGUUUGGUGAUCCUCCAGGCGCAGAGGAAGCACUACGACUGGAAGCUCUUGCAGUGGACAGCGAGUUUUGGGAUGCUGCUCGCAAUGGUAAUAUAUCUUAUCAACUUCGAACACCCGUGAUUCGUCGUCGUGCUGGACCACGAAAUACAGGAUCAAGAAAUCCAAAUGAUAUUAUGGCAUUAGGCGCUCACAUUCCACCAGGUGGUGGAGGAAGCCGGUGGGCACGAAUCGUUUCCGGCUCAUAUGACGAGACCGUUAUUAUAUGGAGAAAGGAUCGCGAUGGCAGGUGGCUAGUUGGACAUCGUCUUCGUCAAGCCGAUGCUGUGACGAUGGCGAAUACACCAAAUUCGAUACGUGCUCGCGACCAAGCAAUGCGUCACAUGGAGUCACUACAAGCACAACAGCGAACCACGCCGAUAAUACAGAAUCGAGCCAGGAACCCUUCCCCCACGGUUGGACCUUCCAACAAUAACAAUAAUCCCCAGAUCAAUCAUCAAGCGCCGGGAUCCGUUUUCAAUGCUACAGCGGCACCACAGCAAGCCAAUCAGCAAGCUCCUCCGGCAGCAGGGAAUAACUUUGCGCAAAAUCAAUUACAACAAGUGCAAGCGGCCAAUGAUAUCGUUGCUCAGGCUCAAGGUGCUGCACCUACACUUCAUGCGCAAGCAAUGGCAAUAGCAGCCGCGAAUCGGCACCAUAAUGCCCAGGCGACUACACCGGCGAGGAUAUACAAACUUCAAUUCGAUGCACGAAAGAUUAUCUGUGCUAGCCAGGAUUCGCGAAUUGUAGGCUGGGACUUUGCCGCGGGCGACGAGGACAUUAUGGAAGCGUCCCAAUUCUUUCUAGGGGUAUAA